AUGGACGAAGUGUUCCUGUGGCUCUGGAUCCUUACUCAUUCCAGUAGAAGAACAGGGACAGUUCCUAAGGUUAAAAGCCAUAGUUGUGUUAGUUCAGAGGGAAAGAUCAAAGCUCCCAUGUGGAUUUGGUGGAUUUUCCUAGCCCUGGGCCUCUUCCUUUCCCUCCCCUUCCUGCCCUCCUCAUGCAGCGACCCUAAAGAUAAGGUCCAGUACGAAGAGAAGCAGUCCAGUUUUGUCCUCUUGUUGAGUAAAGCUGUUGCUCAGGGAGGGGCUGUGUCAGUCCAGAAAUCAGAUGGACUCUGGUUUCUCCAGCCUGUCCAGCAAAGUGGAGGUGCUUCCAGCCAAAAAGAAGUUAAUGAGCCCUGCAGGCACUUUGGUCUGACUGCAGGCAAGCAGGAGUUCUGUUCCCAGAUUCACAUUUAUGUUUCCAUGGUGGUACCACCAAACAUAGCAGAACUGAAGAAUUUGGAAGUGCUCAGCUUUUUAAAUAACCAGAUCAAGGAGCUGCCCACACAGAUCAGCAGCCAUCAAAAACUCAAACACCUGAACCUUGGCAUGAACAGGCUGAACACUUUGCCACGAGGCUUCAGCUCCCUGCCAGCUUUUGAGGUUCUGGACUUGACUUACAACAACUUGAACGAAAAUUGUCUUCCUGGAAACUUCUUCUACCUGACCACCCUGUGUGUACUCUAUCUAAGUGACAACAAUUUUGAAAUCCUGCCACCAGAUAUUGGGAAGCUCACAAAGAUGCAGACACUCAACAAUAGGGAUAACAACCUGAUCUCACUGCCUAAGGAAAUCGGGGAGCUUACCCAGCUUAAAGAGGUCCACAUUCAGGGGAAAUGCCUCGCCGCUCUGCCCCCAGAACUAGGUAAGGUUGCUGAUGAAUGAACUUAGUUCUGGGUUUCAUGAAUAACAAU